GCUCCGCGCGGCGCGUGCGUGCUCCGUGACCUUCCCGAGUUUUCGGUUCCGCGGCGCUGGUGCGGCCCGGGCGGUCGAGUGCGCCGAGAUGCUUCAGAGCGUCGUCAAGAGCCUCUGGACGCCCCUGCGGCCCUACUACACGCAGGUCUACCAGGAGAUCUGGAUGGGCAUGGGGCUCAUGGGCUUCAUCGUGUACAAGAUCAGGAGCGCCGAUAAAAGAAGCAAAGCAUUGAAAGGUUCCAGCGCUGCCCACGGCCAUCACUAGCCAGCUGUGCUGGGAGUGAGAGAGGACUCGUCCGCCCACUGCAGUCGCCGUGUGAGGCGGCGACGCGGAGGUCGCCAUACGUCGCCCGCGCCCCGGCUGCCCUGUGGCAUGAAUAAAGGCAUCUGAGCUGCUUC